CGAGAGGAGGAGGUGGAGGAGGAGGAGGAGGAGGAGGGAGCGUGCCGGAGCGCGCGAGAGUCGGGCUCGGUCCCGAGUUUCGAGUCUCCAGUUUCCUCCGAGACCGAUUGCGGGGAGGAGAGGCUCGGUGCAUUUCCGGCGUCCUUCGAGCGGUUUCCCCGGUAGAGAUUUCGGAGCGAGUUAACCCCCCCCACCCCGAUCGGUCGACGCGGGAGGAACUGUUCUCCCCUCUGCGUAGAUCAGCUCUUCCCGGAAUCGUAAUCGGAAACCGGAAAUCCGUUCAUGAGAGUCGGCGAUUUCCGGCUUCUGGAAUGUCGUGACUUCGGAUGAAUAUCCCUGUGGCUCGGCCGCGAUUUCCAGUCGCGAGGAAGCAUGCCUUUGGACAAUCGGACGCGCCUGUAAUUCCGUGAAUCUAACUAAUAUAUGGUGCCAUAACGAUAAUCGAUUUGAGGAAAUUUGACUAAUCCGGAGCUGAAAUCGGGUGGAGGUAGCUGGAGAAUUGGUUCUCUCCGGUCUCGCGGGUGGAAGAAGCCGACGGGUACUGUCGAAUCGGAGCGGAAGAAGUCUUGUGACCGAAUCGGAGCGCUAUCUCGGAUUCGAAUCGGAGGUCGGUGGUCGACGAAGCAAAAAGGCUUUUUCAGCUUCGGAGUUGGACUUUCCCCGGGAUAAAUACGUAAAAGAAGAUGGAUAAGGACGCGCAGAGGGCCAACAAUAAUGGCAUCUCCGCCAAUUCCAACGGCAGGGCCGCCGAUGGGGGGUUGCUGCUUAGAUCGACCCCCCCGGAGACCACGAGGCAGACGACGGCGACGGCCGGAGCGGCGGCGGCGGCGGCGGCGACGACGUCCGAUUUCGUGCUGCAGUGGGGGAGUCGGAAGCGGCCCAGGUGCAUGAAGGUGCAGGUCAAGGACGACGCGGCGGCGGCGGCGGUUCACAAGGCGGCGGGUCGGGCGGAGCGGCGGGUCAUGAAAGGGGCCGACAAGGACUCGGCAUCGGCCAAUCCGACGGCCAACAAUCACGCAAACGGGAAUGUGUACUUGAAUCUACGUCAACGCCCCUCCUCGCCUCCGUUCCCGCCACCUCAGCGCGUGCUCAGGAACUCGGAGAAUUCGAGUGCGAUGCGAGGCCAGAGCAACGGCGGUCUCAGGGGUUUCUCCUCGCCGGACAGGGGUGCGCACGAUAAGAAAGGCACCAACCACCACCCCAACCCCCACCCCCACCCCCACCACAACAACAACAACAAUCACCUUCACCAUCUAAACAGCAACAGCAACAGCAACCACCACCACCACCACAAUGAGAGCAACAACAAAUCGGCCGCCUCGUCCGAGACCGCGCACGACAGCAAGAAGGGCGGGUCGUCGUCCGGGAGCGGGGACGCGGCGCCCCCCGUCUGGCCGCCCAAGUUCGUGAUCGCCCUGACCAACAAGGAGAAGGAGGAGGACUUCAUCAUCUUCAAAGGGUCCAAGCUGCCUCAGAGACCCAAGAAGAGGGCCAAGAUGAUCCAGCGCACCGUCAAUCUGGUAAGCCCUGGGUCGUGGUUGUGCGACUUGACCCUAGAACGGUACGAGGUCCGGGAGAAGAAGAUAUCCAAGAAGAGACCGAGAGGAUUGAAGGCUAUGGGCAACAUGGACUCUGAUUCCGAAUGAAGAGUCGGGUUUGUGUAAGAGCUUCAGCGGAGAUGGAUGAGAUUUUGAGAGCUCCUCUUUGUACACUCUCUGUCCGAAAUCAACAAAAAAAGAAAGAAGAAAAAGUAUGGGGAAAAAAGAAGAUGAAAAAGGACUCUGUAAAUCCGUCAGUUUUCACUCGGAGAAAGAAUGAAGUGAUUCAUCUUUUCCAC